GCGGCCUCACGACCGACGUUAAAGACAAAAAAAAGAUGUCUAACGUAAGGUUGGAGGGACCCACGCGUGUUACCAAGGUUUGGGUCGCUCUCAGAAGACUCGACAAAAAUGAUGACAGAGUGGUGGCUCUCCGCGAGGUGUCCAUUCCUCAUGUGGCUGACAUGUCCUCCAUCGUACAGAUCAUCGCCACCUCCUUUGGUCUGAACUCUUCAGAUGUUAUAUUCAAGAUAAGAAAUCAGCAAGGAUUUCUGAUCCCUCUGAACAGUUCCAUCCCAGCAAACAGCAAGCAAAUGCCCUACUUGCUCGAGGUAGCCAAGAUCUUUCAGCAUGUGCGUCCCAACCCUAAAAGCACCCCCAUGACUGUGAUCAACAAGAGCAUGAAGACCAGACUGCAAACUGUCGACAAGAGGAUUCAGAGACUUGAAGAGCGUUUGCCUCAAAUAAAACUCAAACGCAAUGAAAAACUGAGCCAGGAGAUUGAAUGUCUGAACCAGAAGUUGAUGUUUCUCCACAAGAGGAUGCAGGUGGCUGACUCGCUCACGUGGAAGGGAAUGCUGGCCCGACCACCUUUGUGGUGAAGCAUCCGCCGACACCUCUCUAUCAAGUUGUCAUGUCAGACACAAAAGAUGGCUCAGCACACCACAUUUAAGAGCUUUGCACUGGCAAAUAUACUGUAGGAGAAUGCACAUGCCUU